UGUCAAAACCAUCUGGUAAAUGUCAACCUGGCAGACACCAAUUAUGUUUAGAAAUAUAUCUGUAUUUACAUAAAGAUUCAACGUUUUCAACACCUCAUUAAACAUAUUUAACGCACAAAAAUGAACAGAAGCUUGUUUUUAGUAAGAAGCUGCUUUAGACGACAUAAUGGGAGAGCUUUCUCAAGCCGUAAUGUGGAAAUAAAUGAAAAUGAGCCUAUUAAGUUUUCUACAAGUGGUGCUGCAGCGAAAAAAACCAUAAAGCCAAUUAAAAAUGUCAAGAUAGAUAUCCCAUGGUACCAACCUUAUUGUGUAGUGGGCAGUGUUGCCAUAUUCCUGCUUUAUUUCUGUUUAUUGAGAGAAGAGAAUGAUGUGGAUCUUGAAUUUAGUAAAACGCUUUAUGAAAGAAUUCAAGGUUUGGAGAAAACACAAUUACUGUUAUCUUAUAAACAUAACAAGGAACAUGGCAAAAGUGUUGCAGAUAUCGAAAGAAGGCUGAAAGAAAUUGAAGAGGAAGAAAACAUGAAAGCAAAUACAGUAGAAUAAGUUUGAUUUUAUAAAAUAAACAUUUGUAAUGUAACUCAGUACGAAAGAAAACUGACUAAUAUUUAAAAAAUGUUAUAAAGCUAGUUAGAUAAACAGUUAAGAUUAUUUCACUCAGUAAAUAUUUAUUUGAAA